AUGCCUCGCUCCAUGGCCCCUCCCCCGUCCGGUGAAUUUUUGGUCCGCCUCCAAUCACCUUUCAACGGCACUGCCACCAAAACUAUCGAUAUCACUGGCGAGCCCAACCGUUCUGCCAACAUCAAGCAGACUCACCACCAUGGAAACACCAUUGAGGAGAAGUUCAAUUCANGUGACGACGUCCAAGAAUUGAUGCGCCUCAUCUCUCAGCUCCGCGGUUUCCCUUCGCACGAGACCAAGGACGUCUACGGCCUUGACCAGGUCCUUGAGCUCCACACCCUCGAGAUCAACUGGUGUAACCAGGAGAGCGACCCUGCCGCCAACGAGAUCGCAGACAUUCCCUCCGAGACCAAGCAGACCUUCAAGGACGUCGUCGACAGCAUCUCUGCUGCUGCUCGUCAGUUCGCCAAGGCUGACAACCCUCUUUAA